UCCAACCCCAACCAGUCUGUGAUUCCGUGACACAGAGGAAAGGGAGCAGCCUCGGUGCACCGGGAAAGCCCCUCCAAGCCAUUCACAGAGACGUCCCUCCGAGCAGCCGCUGCUGCCGGGCCAGGAGAAGCGACACCCGACGCCCCCCUGAGCAGCCGGCGCCCUACCCCACCGCGCCGUCCCGCGCACCCACCGCGCCUGCGCAGCAGCCCCGCCCGCCGCCAUUGCCGGGCCGGGAGCUGCGUUGCCUGGCAAUGCGGGCCGUGCUGCCAGGGGCGGGGAGCUGGUGGCUCCGCCGGAGCCACAUGACUCUUGUAAAAUCAGCUAAAAAUUAUCAAUGGACCAUCAGGAUUUUUACAAGGGCUGCUCCUCCAAACGAGAUGCAAUAGCAGUUUCUGCAGUUGCUCUGCAGGAUCAUAUAAUACACAGUCAUCAGCUCCAGGAUCUUUCCUUAGCAAAUCCUUUUAAGUCAAGGACAAGAAAUAUCAAGAACAUUUUCAAACCUGUGAACAAAGAAACGGUCAGAGCAGUUGUAGAUACUGGACUAAGGAAAAAGAGCACUCACUACAGAAACAAGGAAGAUGCAGAAAAGGAGUAUGUUCUUGAUCCCAGUCCUCCGCAGCUAACAUUAGCUCAGAAAUUAGGCCUAGUUGAGCCUCCUUCCUCACCGCUGACUGCUGAAGAGUGGGUAAAAAUAAAGCAGAGAUCCAUAGAGCAUGGAGACUCCACACAGCCUUGUGCAAUAUGCAGGGAAGAAUUUGCACUUCAGCCUCAGGUGCUGCUUUCAUGUUCCCAUGUAUUCCAUAAAGCAUGCCUGAAAGCCUUUGAAAAAUGCAGAGGUAAAAAGUGUUGUCCGAUGUGUAGAAAAGAGCAGUAUCAGACCAGAGUCAUCCAUGAUGGGGCACACUUGUUUAAAAUAAAGUGCGCUGUUAGAAUUCAAGCUUCCUGGAGGGGAUAUAUUGUUAGAAAAUGGUAUAAAAACUUGAGAAAAACAGUGCCUCCUAAAGACAGCAAAUUAAGAAAGCAGUUCCUUGAGCAAAAGGUUCAAGAGAUCAGCAAUCGACUGUUGAGUUCUUAUGACAUCAACCUAGAUGAAUUUUUUUCUGAGAUAGAUUCUUCUAUAGCUGCAAGUCGAGAUGUGUUUCAGCAAUUGGAAGAAAUAGUAAUAAGCGAAACUGACUGGGAGAAGAUCCAGAUACAGGCAUUUCGGCAAGAGAUCUCUGACUGUCCCAUCUGCAUCAUGCCGCUCAGCCCUGCAGUCCAUCCCGCCGGUCUCUCUCCUGGUAACUGCAAACAGUUUUCACGACAGACUGUUCUGCUUUCUUGCUCACAUUUGUUUCAUCAUACCUGUCUUCAAGCAUUUGAAGAGUUUUCCUUGGGGGAGCGACAUAUUUGUCCUUUAUGUCGCUCAUAUUAUCAAAAGAAAAUCCUUAAAUGUUGAUAACAUGUAACUCAUAAUGAACUGCCUUGUCAAAUGUAGCGGGCACCACACAUACUUGGGAGAUUUUUCAGAUCCAGAACUUCUAAAACCAAAUUAUUUUAUAUGGACAAUGGUAGUCACUUUGUAUUUAGAGAAAUAAAACCUAGAAGGGUGCUCUUGCUUCCCUUUUAUAUUCAGUUUCA